CGCCGGCCUGGUUCCGCGCGUCGGACGUGCCGCAGUCGCGCCGCCGAUUCGCCCGUUCGUGCCGGUGACGACGGUUUGAUGACAGUCCCGUGUGAGCGUCGGUAACGUGUGUGUGCUUCUGUGUGAUGCGUGCUUGUGAUGGCUGACGAAGCGAUACUCGACCAACUGCGUCAGGUGUUUGAUCUGUGCGACGAAGAGCGAUGUGGAUACAUUACCUCGGACAAGUUGAGACAGCUGGGGCGCGAGCACUUCGCCGGCAGCGAACAGGCCCUGGUGCAGCUGGUGCAAUGCUUGGAUCCUGGACAGCGGGGGCUCAUAUCCUUCAAGGACUUCGCCACGGGUGUCAUGGCGCUGCUCGGCGCCAGCAAUGGGCACACCGUCGAGGUGGGCGGCAUCUCCCGGAAGAACGGAUUCUACUGCUCAGACACUCCCCCUUGCGGCGGUGGCGCUGGGGUAGACGAGGCGUACAUGAAUUCUUCGCAGCGGCCGGACAGCCCGACGGACAGCGCGCUGCCACCCAGUGACCGAUGCUCGCCCGUCAACCACAAGGGCGGUGGGAGCAGCGGUAGUCCCAGUUACAGCGACGCCGAGGAGACCUUCGAGUGCGACGUCGAAGAAGAGGACUACGGCGUCAUGGACGUCGGCAAGACGCCGCUCAGCUCGGACAGCUUCCGUAGCACGAGCAGCAGCGGCGGAAGUACCGGAGGAGGAGGAAGUGGACGCCGACACCUACCGCAGCGGAACUCGUGGCUCAGGACCAGCCUGCGUCGAUCGGGGUCUGGUCGCAAGUCAAGUCCUGUCCAGAGCAGGCCCAGUGGUCUCUUGGCGCCCGAGGGUCCCCGUCGGGGCAGCUUCGAGGCCGAGGACCUCCUUACCCUGGGCGUUUCCUCGCCUAACCACCACCACCAAGAGGAAGAGGAGAGGCGGCAGCAGUGCGUGGACGAGCUGGGCGACCAGGUUCACCAGCUGCAGGGCCAGGUGGCGGCGCUCAGCGAGUCCCUGGCCUCCAAUGGCGACCUCUACCGACGAGUCAAGCAGGAGAACGCCACGCUCGUGCACAGGAUCCACAACCUGGAAGAGCAAAUCCGGGAGCUGGAGGUCCGGUCAGAAGAGCGUGUCCACGAGGAGGAGAGGAGGCUCAAGGAUGCUCUGAGUCGCCAGGAGCGGGAGAGUGCCCUGGAGCUGGAGCGGUGUGGCACGCAGCUGCGGGCCCUGCAGCAAGAGCAGCGUGCCCUGCAGGAGGAGGCCUUGCGGCUGCGUGCGCUCACAGACAGACUCAAAGGCGAGAAGGAGCAGGCCCUAGAGCAGCUCGACCAGAGUCAGGCGCAACUAGCACAGCUGCGCGAGGAGCACCAGCGACUGCAGGAGCUGUGCAGGCGUGAACGUGAAGAGGCGCAAGCACAGCGUAGCUUGCAAGCGCAGCUGCUCCAGGAAGUGGGGCGAGAGCUGGAGGAACUCCGGCGGCUGCGCACGGACCGCGAUGGAAGGCCACGUAGUCCAUCCCUCUUGGACAUGCUGCCCGCUAGGUGCGUGGAGCUGCAGAGUCAGCUGGAGGCUGUGCGAGAGGAGAACCGUGCCUUACGCGAGGCCAACGAGGAGCUGCAGGCUCAGCUGCUCUCCUCGCACGUCCACGAGGGACAGUGCCUCGUCGCCGGAGGAGGAGCCCACCAUGCGGCGGAUGGAGCCGCCUCCCUGGCCACAGAGUUCAGCAACCUCGAGGAACUCUCCAAAGAUAAGCUGAUAGACACUGUGAAACACGAGAAAGAGGACAACAUCAGGCUGCGGGCGUACAUCGACGGAAUCCUCCUCAACAUCAUCGAGAACCACCCGCAGCUACUCGAAGUGAAGCCCAUUGUCUGAAGCGCACGUGCCUGGACAUACACGUGUUGUGUACAAAGAGACUUGCGCGUUCUUCUCCGUCCCGAGUGUGAAUUCAUAGUUACACACUGCGUGCCUUGUAGGGUCGGGGCCACGCAAACCAAGCCGGUGCCUUGGGAGUGUAUUUUUUUUUUCUGCUCGUACCGACACUACGAGUACUGCACAUCGACUUCUAGAAGACUACCGUCUUUCGAAAGAGAAAGCCGCAGUUCUCCUAUUUUUUUUUUGUGAAACUCGUAGAUAUGGCACACGUUUUGAACUGCGAACGCUGUAUGUGGCCGUCCAUACGAAAUACUUCAAUUUCGUUCCGAACAUGUGCGAAAUGCGAGGAUUUCGUGCGCACAAAAAGAUGCGUGAAGUGCUGCGAUUACAAGGGAAGUCGGUUCGGAGAACCGGCCCACAGGGUCAAACGGUGUCGCGUUUAUGUUAGUCGACGAUGUUGUCAUUGCAGGCUUGUUGCUUUCUAUGGGUUGACGAAAAAAAGACAUUUUAAAUGUAUUGUGGCGAUUCUGAUCACUGUCUGUGCAAGGGCUGCUGAGCUCUGUCGUGACAAUCUGAAAGAAAAAGACCGAGCAAUACUUUGCAAGCAUGGGGUCAUCGAAAAAACUUCUUUUAUUUUAGUGAUUUUUAUUUUUCAUUUAGUUAUCAUUUGAUGCUUCACCGUUGUUUCUAGUUCAAUUAAUUUUAUAUCUGAUGCCUCGUCAUUGUUUAUACUUUAAUUUUUUUUAUCCUUGACGCCUGCAGCUUUUUAAGAGCACAGCAAAGUGCGUGUGUUGCACAGUGUGUCUUCAUGCAGUAUUGGCACAAAGAACUGUGGUGUCGCACAUAAAUGGCAUUGUGAUAGGCCUGAGAACAGGCAAGACUACGCAGUCAACGCAAAAGCAUCAGUUUCGAGCUGCGACUGGCCACUCGUUGAAAAGUCUGAUUGCAUGUCUUAGCAAGCAAAUGUUGGUUAAAAAGCGAUAGCAUCACUGUCACACAGCAGAAAUCAAUACUUCACUGAAAGUGUGGGCCUCGUUUUUAUAGAUAUACGCUUUCUGGCGAAAUUUUGAUCUUAUUGAAUUUUAAGCAGUUCCUUCUGAGGUGUUUGAAUGAAUUUCAAUAUGUUGUGCCAGGUAUUUUGCCUCUGUGCUGUCCUGGAAGGUUUUGAUUCCGCUGUGCUUUUGACUACUGCAGACUUGAGACAUGAAGAGUGAUAGCGUACGAAUGGCAUGGAUACAUCAUCUCGCUUGCCAUUUAGACCACUACACAUGCUUUUGCAUCUUAGGAAGUGUGAGCAGCUGCCAAUGGGUUAUUUUAGUUGUUCAUGCUUGGUCUAGAAAAAUCAUUUUUUGUCAUCUGUGUGCCUUAGUAUUUUUUUGUACUUUGUUUCCAUAGCUCGUUAAAGUGACACUUCAGGAAAGUAUGAAGUCAAGCUAGAUAUAAGGAUAAGCCUCUGUAUUGAUGAAGUUUGCGUGGGAAAAACUCUUUUGUAAUGCUUUUUUGAAAAGGUGACAAUUUAGAAUCUAUAGGUGGGCACUGUCGUGUUAGGCUGCUUAUGAGACUUCUGUAAUGGUGCAAUACUAAGAGCAGCACAGUCGUUAAGUUUGAUGGAGAGACUGCAUCAACUCGUUAAUUUUCUCACUGGUUCAGAAAUGAGCAGUGACGAUGAAACAUUUGAUAAUGUGCUAUGCAAAGAUGACAUUGUCUUAGUGAAAAAGUAAUAGUUUCUAGAGAAAUAUGUUCGUAUUCUAACUUGACUUCAUAUUCCACUCAACUGUUGCUUUGAAGGGAAUUCACACAUCUUGGUCACAUUUGGAGCAAAAAAAAAAAAAAAAAAAAAAAACGAAUGCUAGAUGUGGUCCAUGCGUUCGUCAGGGCAUUCAAGCCACUGAAUAUGUUAUAUGCUCCUGUGGAGCCACAUUGUACAGUUAAACAUGAAAGCUAAUAAAUUGUCUAGUUUUUGCCGAAACCU